UAUUUACGUUUUGUCAACAUUAACUUUCGCUUUCACUACAUCAGAAAUGAACAACGCAGGGUCUUUUUUGCUCUCGUUGAUGAACCCCAGAUGGGGGUCAAACAAAGAAAAGAAUGCCAGAGCUGUCAGAGAACAAAUCAAUUUAAUUUCGGCAUCUUCUGUCCUGGAUGAAGCUGGCGUUGAUGACGCUCAAGUCCUGACUUUGACCAGAGAAGAUCUGAAUGAGCUUUUUCCAGGCAUCAAGAACUUUCAGCUCAGAAGGACGAUAAUGGCAUUAAUCACAGAAUCGGUGAAGGAUUCUUCUGGACCACAAACAUUUGAUGCAGCACUGAAGCAAUUAAUGGCUCACAACAGCAAUGAUCCUGCAGUACAUGAAGUUUUAAAGGAGUCACUUCGAGCUUUUCAAGAGGUGGACCAGCAGCUCAAAUCAGCACAGGCAUCUCUGAAACCGUACAUUGACAUCUUGAGCAGUUUGAGUGAAGCACCUUCCAGAAAAGAGGACUGGGAAUAUGAGGGAGCAUCAAGCAGGAAGAAGCUUCCUAGCCCAUCACACAACACUUCAAGAUCUUCAAUCAAAAAGCCGACUUAUGAGCCUUCAGUCAAAGUGCAUCUCCUUUUGUGCGGUCGAACUUUAGGAGCUGACGCACAAGUCCUUGCAGGGCUCCGUGGAGUUCGAGUGAGUGAAUUAAUGGACUGUCAGUUAAUUCUGGCCUUUUGUCCUGUGGUAUCACGAGUGGGAACAGACAUUGAAGAGGCUCUGAGAAAAAUUCCAGCUGAUAAGCCAGCAGUCCUGGUGAUGAUGUACCACACAUUCAACUCCAACCACAUCUGUCAAAACUUACAUACGACAACUUCUCAAGCAAACAUUAUAGAAUAUGUGAACGUGCUCUUCCAUGACUCGCACAAUGGUCUUCUGAACUGCCCGGCAAAUGAUCAAGCAAUAGCCAAACUUCAGAUGAUCCUAAACCACUACAUGUCCUAAAAAAUGGGUGUCAAUGCAUAUCAAAUGUAUAUUUGUCAUCAUAUAAAUAAACAUUUAGGACU